AUGGAUUUCCUAGGAAAACUCUUGCAUCCUUUUGAUGAGGAAAUUAGUUGUAAUAAUCUUGAACAAUUCCUUUCAAAACCACUACUACUUAAAUUGCCAUCUCUUCCCAGUUGUGCUGACAACUUUCCUGAUAAACUUGAAUCUGUAUAUUCAAAUCCUUUUUAUGUUCCUAGGAUAUCUAGUAUCCUUGUUAAUGUCAUGGGCAAGUCCUUUAGAGAAAGUGUUGGUGGAGAAGCAUAUACUUCAAAUACUAUCAAUAACCACAUUAUGGAUAUGAUUGAUCUUGCCCAAGAGUAUGCUCUUGGUUGUAGUAAUUUCGAUUGGAAUCAUAACAAGGUUAUUAAACCUACAACUACUACCACAGAAAAUAAGAGAGUUCGACCAGAUGUCACAAUCUAUUAUAAUAGAGUGCUUGUAAUGAUUGAUGCAGAAAAAGACUUAGAUGAAUACUUUGAUUUUUGGAACCCACUUGCCUUUGGUAGAUUACCAUUUAUCAUGGCUUUUGCAGCAGCUGCAAUUCCUACAAAUGAAGAUGAGCUGCAAACCACCAUAUUUAAUAUACUUGAAAUUGUAAAAAAACUUCAUGAAAUGAAAGUUGUCCAUCAGGAUAUUUUCUGGGAAAAUAUUAAAAGACUUACAAAUGAUAGUUGGAUAUUAAUUGACUUUGAAGAAGUUGCCAAGAUUGGAGAAUUAAGACUUCCAUUAAAUAUUGCAGCUUCAGAAUAUAGAGAUGGAGAAGAUUUAUGUCAAACAGCAAAUGAUAUCUGGAUGGUUGGAAACCUUUUUUCUAGAGUUAAUUUUUCUCUUUCUUUAAAAUCCUUGUGA